CAAUCACCGCCAAGUCUGUCACCUACCCAGGCAUUGGAACCUUCAACUCGCACGAUUUUUUUGACCCAAUUCACAGGCCUUUCACUGACCUUUUUCUGCCUCAAUCUCCCGAGCACAUUUCCCCCGAGUUUGAACUUUUUACUCGAAGCACCCGAGAAUUUGGCGAGAUCAUUCACUGGAACAACACUGAGAGCGCCAAAGGAUCUCACUUUGAUGGGUCAAAAGAGACGAAAGUAAUUGUACAUGGUUUUAUCGACAAUCAGCUUUUUGCUGACUGGAUGAAAAAACUCAAGAACAAAUACCUCGACUACCAAGACGUCAAUGUGCUGCUCGUCUACUGGCCAAAGGGCAACUUUUUCCCCUACGGACAGGCAGUGGUCAACACGCGAGUUGUCGGCGCAAUGGUUGCCAUUCAGAUUCAGACGUUCAGCAAGGCGAAGAACACCACUCCUGCCUCUUUCCACGUCAUCGGCCACUCGCUGGGCUCGCACAUUGCUGGCAAUGCCGGAAAGUUCCUGGGAAAUGGAGUUCUGGGCCGAAUCACCGGUCUCGACCCUGCCGGUCCCUUCUUCGAAGGCCUUCAGCCAGCAGCCCGACUGUGGCACACUGAUGCCAAGUUUGUUGACUCCAUCCACACUGAUGGUCGCCCACUGCUGGAGGUCGGCUUUGGCAUGUACGAGACCUGCAGUCAUGUGGACAUGUACCCGAAUGGCGGCAAAACCCAGCCAGGCUGUGACCAGGAGCGCCUCACUGCAAGCAUUUUUCACGGAUUAUCUGAAGGCGCCCGACGACUGGUGGCCUGCAACCACCAGCGAGCCGUGGACUACUUUAUUGACUCGCUCGACACUACAAUCCCACUGCCAAAGGCAUACCAGUGCGACAACUAUGACGAUUUCAAGAAUGGAAAAUGCAUCGACUGCGGCAGCAAUGGUGAGAAGUGCGUCAUCCUCGGUCCCCGUGAUAUUGAGUACAAGAACUCUGUCCGCGACAUCAACCAGGGAGAGGAAACCACCAAUGGAAAGCGCUUCUUCAUGAUCACCGGCCAACACGAGCCGCUCUUGAGCAAGUUCCAGUAUGUCAUUCACAUGCACCUGGCCAAGCAUGGCCUUGAGCAGUUUGACAAGAUCGCCCAUGUGCACCUCAAGUUUGUUGACAAAUCGGGCAAUGAGGAGGCUUACAGUUUCAAUGACCAAACCAAGCUGGAGGCAAUCUUCAAGAUUGGCCAGACGUACUCGCACCCAGGUGUUCUCAACAUGGAUCCUGAGAACCUUAGCAAAAUUGAUUUUGAGUGGGACCACGGUUUGCUGGACAACCUCGACAUCUUCCACCUUUUCCGCAUGCACAUUGACGCCAUCGAGGUGGUCGGUCUUACUGAGCAUGGAACUACAACCAAAAGCAAACCAUUUGCAAAGAAGUUUUGCAAUCACGCAAAUGGAAUCAAGAGCAAAACGCAUGUUUCAUUUGAAAUGUGCUAA